AUGGUGACAGAGGAACAGUCAGCGCCCCCGCCCGGAGCCGGGAUGGGCACGCCCGGCGGUCCGAAGCGGACUCCGCUGACUCCAGAGCAAUUGCGGAGAAUAGAAAGCAACCGCCAGAAAGCCAUAGCAAUACGGGAGCAACGCGAAGCAGAACAGGCUCGGGCUCACAAUGCUGACCCUUCAUCUACCAAAGGUGUCAAACGAACGUACUCCUCCAUGACUGCCUCCGAUCCCCCGGCGACUCUGCGCGAUGCGGCCUCUACAGAUAACCGCCCACUAGAUGGCAUCAAGCCGGCGCGCAACUUUACCAAAUUCGUUGAAUAUGACUUCUCUAAGAUCACGGACACGAAGGGAGGGUUCUUGACCGAAGAAGAUGACCGGUUCAACAAAGCCCUUCACGUUCGGGAUGAGAAGGCGGAGCAAAAGCCAGCACACAUGACGCAGAAGGAAUGGGAGCGACAACAGCUGCUGAAGAAUCUCCAUCGAGAUCGAGCGGGAAUUUUUGAACCGGGGCUGAGUGUGCUGGAUGAGCGGACGCAACAGAAAACAUGUCGAGAGUGUGGCAGCUUAGAAAUCGACUGGAAAUGGGAGGAAGCUUUCCGAUGCUGUGUCUGCCAUGCUUGCAAGGAUAAAUUCCCGGACAAAUACAGUCUGCUUACCAAGACUGAAGCACGAGAGGACUAUCUCUUGACCAAUCCCGAGCUUCAGGAUGAGGAGCUCCUCCCACAUCUUGAGCGCCCGAAUCCGCAUAAAUCGACGUGGAAUAAUAUGAUGCUGUAUCUACGGUACCAGGUCGAAGAAUACGCCUUUUCAGCCAAGAAAUGGGGUUCGCCGGAAGCAUUGGACGCGGAAUUCGAGCGACGCGAGAAUGAGAAGAAGCGCCGGCGGGAGGUCAAAUUCAAGAGCAAACUGGAAGACCUCAAGAAACGUACACGAGUCGACGCAUACCGACGAAGCCGUCAAGGAGCAGCCGGUGGUAACUUCGGUGAUGACUUGGGGAAUGGUGGACGACAUGUACAUCAGUGGGGAAGAUCGGUUGAAGAUCCCAAGACGGGGAUUGGGGUCAAGAAAUGCGUUGACUGCGGGAUGGAAGUCGAAGAACUCGAAUUCUAA